AUGGCUGCCGAUUCCCUUCUCGAGCGUCUCAACCGCGACGGCUUCGUCGUCAUCCCAUCCGCCAUCACACCCGACCAGCUCACCAAGCUGCGCGAGGCCACCGCCGAAGUGGCAUCACUAGCCCGGGAGGGAAAGUGGCCCUCCGUCCGCACACUCCCCAAGCAGUUCCCGCCCUGGCCCAAGAACAGCCCAGAGGUAGCGAAGGGCGGCAUAUGGGGCGUCCAGGGCAUGAUGCACCCGGACCUGCCCAACAGCUCCACGUUCGUGCAGGUCUACUUCAGCGACGCCAUCGUCAACCCGACCAAGGAGCUGCUCCAGUGCGGCGACGACGAGCUGGUCAUGGAGCUGUUCAACCUGCUGGUGCGGCCGGACAGUGACUUCGAGCUGCGGUGGCACCGCGACGACAUCCCCGCCACCGCCACGCCCGGGGAGGAGCUGGACAGGCUGAACAAGCCCGCCUUCUCGGCGCAGUGGAACCUCGCGCUGUACGACGACGCCAGCCUGAUCGCGGUGCCGGGCAGCCACACGAGGGCGAGGACGGAGUUUGAGAGGAACGCCGACCCGUUCGAGCAGGAGAUCCCCGGGCAAAUGAGUGUCGAGCUCAAGGCUGGUGAUGUGGUGUUUUACAAUAACAACAUCCUGCAUCGAGGGAUGUACAGCUCCAAGAAGGAGAGAAUGACGCUGCAUGGGAGUGCUGGUCACGUCGACGGCUCGGCGUUGAGGGCGAGGAAUGUGCUCCAGCAUGGGCUGAGGGACUGGAUAGAUAGGGUGGAUUUCAGUGGGCUGGAUGGAAAGACGCUCAAGCGUGCUCAGAAGAUGAAGGCCAGUCUUGUCAAGCUGGGGAAUGAGGCUGGGGAUGUUGGGUAUUCGCUAGACGGGUGA